AUGGAGACGCCGCCCGCGCCUCCCCUCUCGAGUCGCAGCACUGCUACCUCAAGCCUUAACGCGCCCCACUCUAGUGAUAACGAGCAGCUUAGUCACGUCAGCUUUCAGCAGUAUUCUCCGAUGCCUCCGCUGCCCCCUCCUCCGCCAGACUCUCCUCCACCAGACACGGCACCACCACCACCUCCACCUCCACCAGAUGAGAGGAAGCUGAAGCGCGAAGCGACGUCCGAAUCGUUGGAGAGUCCGGAGACGCCGUUGGCAACGACUCGACGUCCGUCGUUUCCUAUGAAGCAGCGACGGGAUGGCACGCUGGUGACCGAAAGUGUACAGGAUGAUCAUGAAGUGCAAGAGGGGGAAGAAGACGAGGAUGUGGACGCGUGUUCGGAUGGGUCCGACGUGUUUGAAGACGACGUGGAGGCCAUCUUAUUCGCCGAAGAGGAGGAAGACCGGCGGAAUGGGUACAUGGAUUGUUUGAUGGAGACACAUCUGGACAAUGCUGAGUACCCGUAUCCGGCGCAUCUCGUCAAGCUAGCGACGCUGUUUACGGAGCAACACGCACUAGGGAAGAACCCUGAGAACCUCAUUUAUUGCAACAAUCUGUUGAUUAAUCCGAGUCAGCUGAAUGUGUUAGACAGUCGGUCCACUGCAUUGGAACGAGAGAAGUGGGCUCAAGUGCGAAGUGCUGCAGCGUUGAAGCAGAAAGAAGACGAGGAGAAGAGACGUGGCAAAAGCUUCGGCGACAGACUGGCGGAAGCAUCGCAACUACCUGCUACGAAGACCGAGACAUUCGAAGCUGCUGUAGUAGCUCCAGAGAGGCAACAAAUUGUUCCUGUUAGUAAUUCGAGAUCCGUGAGCAAGCCGCCACGAAAGCGGAGUCGAAGGAAACCCACGACACCAACGGCAUCGGUACCGCUCGCCAUAUCAGGUCCUCCGGAUGCAUCAAAAGGUGGCAACGUACGUGGAAAAAGCGAGCUUUUGUCUGCAAAUUCGACGGAAAAGAAGGGGGACGCGAAUGCUAUUGGCGUGGCCACUACGGAGAAAACGACAGCAUCCAGUAGCCGUGUCAAAGCUAAAGCAGUUGAUGCAGCGCCGGCGACCACCGAUGCUGGGGUCCUGAAAACAAAGUUAGCCAAGGCCAAGCGAAAGCGGGUCAGGUCAAAACAAACGGUUGCUCGUGGCCACACCAAAGAAGUCGGGGCGCAACCUGAAGGUGGGAAAGAUCGAUUGGAAGCAGACGUAGACCGUGGCAACGAAAGCUCCUCGUCGUCGACUUCGACGUCGUCGUCUACCUCUUCAUCGUCAUCUUCCGCGUUGUCUUCAUCUUCGUCCGCGGCGUCGUCUCCUUUGAAUGUAAGCAGCUCGUCUGAUGAUGACACAGGAGGCGUGUAG